AUGGCGCACACAAGCACACUAGACCUAGAGUCUGGUGCAACGACUCCCGGAUAUGCCAGCCAGGACGACUCUGUCGACCACCCGCGACAGUUGGAAAAGCUAGAAGCCACCAUCUCUGCCGCCAAGCAGCCACCCGAUGGCGGACGAGAAGCCUGGACCCACGUCCUGCUCAUGCACAUUGUCUUCUUCAACACCUGGGGCGUCGUCAACGGCUAUGGCGUCUUCCAGGAAUACUACACCGCGGCGCUGGACCGUCCGCCCAGCGACAUUGCCUGGAUCGGCAGCGUCGAGACGUUCCUGCUGUUUGGCAUCGGUGUCGUCUCGGGGCGCGCCACCGAUGCCGGCUACUUCUACCCCGUCUUUUACGCGGGCGUCUUCCUCGAGCUGCUUGGUGUUUUCAUGACGUCGCUCGGCACGCGGUACUGGCACUAUUUCCUAUCACAGGCCGUCUGCAUGGGUAUCGGCAACGGAUUGGUGUUUUGCCCUGCGCUCGCCAUCUUGUCGCAGUAUUUUAAAAGGCGUCGAGCCUUUGCCGUCGGUCUUUCGGCGGCUGGGGCGGCCGUCGGCGGCCUUGUGUAUCCGAUUCUCAUCAACCGGCUUAUAUUUCAUGAAAAGAUCGGCUUCGGCUGGACAAUGCGCUGCAUGGGCCUCAUCAUGCUUAUCAGUUACAUCCCAUGCUUGUUCUUAUUCAAGCCCCGGUUGCCGCCCAGGAAAACUGCCGAUUGGAUCGACAUGGCGGCUUUCAAGGAUGUACCCUUCAUCUUCUUUACCAUCAGCAUGUUUUUUGCCUUUUGGGGGCUGUACUUUGCAUUCUUCUUUCUCGGAACAUUUGCCCGCGAUCGAAUCGGUGUUGCGCAGCCUAUUUACCUUCUCAUUCUGCUCAACGGCGUCGGCGUGAUAGGUCGCAUCUCACCGACCAUUGUUGCGGACCAAUGGUGCGGUGCGCUCAACCUCAUCAUCAUCAUCGGCUUAGUUUCGAGUGUAUUGGUGUACUGUUGGGCAGCCGUGCAAACUUCAGCGGGACUGUAUGUGUUCGCCGUCAUAUACGGAUUGGUCGCCGCCGCACUUCAAGCCCUCUAUCCUGCCGUGGCCACCACCAUGACGCCACACCCAAGUAAAACGGGCACCCGUGUUGGCAUGAUCCUGUUCUUUGUCAGCUUGGCAAACCUCACAGGACCCGCCAUUUCGGGCGCCAUCAUAGAAAGCGAGGGUGGAGGUUACCUGGGGGCGCAGAUGUUUGCUGCGACAUCUAUCCUGCUAGCAGCAGCCAUGGCCGUGGCGGCACGAGUGGCUAAGGCGGGCUGGAAGCUCCGCGUAAAAGUGUAA